GUGUGCGCGCACGCAGGCUUCCGGUCCAGUGUGACGCAUGCGUGCGCGUUCAGGACGGAGGCGGUGGGCGCGCGUGUCGCGCUGCGUUUCUAGAGACGCUGAUUCCAGAGAGAGCGCGCGGCGCGAGCGGCAGCGGACGGAUUCACCUCAGCCGACACCCAGAGGAGAGCUAGUGUACUACAGUGUGUACUACACCUGCUGACGCUGUGGGAUGGCGGUAAACGUUUACUCCACGUCCAUGACCAUCGAGAACCUGAGCAGACAUGACAUGCUGGCCUGGGUCAACGACUCUCUGCAGCUCGCCUUCACCAAGAUAGAGCAGCUGUGCUCAGGUGCGGCGUACUGUCAGUUCAUGGACAUGCUGUUCCCCGGCUGUAUCCUGCUGAAGAGAGUCAAGUUCCAGGCCAAGCUGGAGCACGAGUACAUCCACAACUUCAAAGUGCUGCAGACCGCCUUCAAACGCAUGAAUGUGGACAAGAUCAUUCCCGUGGAGAAGCUCGUCAAGGGCAAGUUUCAGGACAACUUCGAGUUCCUUCAGUGGUUUAAGAAGUUCUUCGACGCCAACUACGACGGGAAAGAGUACGACCCGCAGUUAGCAAGACAGGGACACGACGUCACACCACCAUCUAACCCAGGUGAAGUCACUUCCCACAGAACCAAGAGCCCUCAGAGAGCAGCAGGGCCCCAGCGGACGUCACCGACCACGCCCAAAACGAUGCCCACCCCCCAGCGCCCCCUAAGCACCGCCCCCUCCGCCGGAACGCGGCGGAACACGCCCCUUUCCCGGAACGGAGGCGGAGACGCUGAGAUCAUGGAGCUCAACCAGCAGCUGAUGGACCUGAAGCUGACCGUCGACGGUCUGGAGAAAGAGAGAGACUUUUACUUCGGUAAACUGCGUGACAUUGAGCUGAUCUGUCAGGAGAACGAGAGCGACACGAACCCUGUCCUCGGGAAGAUCAUGGAGGUCCUGUACGCCACAGAGGAUGGUUUCGCUCCUCCGGAGGACGACGAGAUCGAAGAGCAGCCACAGGACCAGGACGAAUACUGAUCCUCCUCAUCCUCACGCUCUCUUCAUCUCAUCUUUCUUUCUUUCUCUCCCUCUCUUUCACUCCAUCCCCCCACCAGCAGUCACUAGGGGCGUGGUCUAAUAGGCUAAUAGAGUGAGUAGGGGUGUGUCUAUGCUAAUGAGGUCUGGGUUGAUGCAGUGAAGCUGUGGGUUUAAUGAGGAGUCCAGACGACUCCAUGAUGAUGAUGAUGGUGAUGGAGUGACACUCUCUCACACACACACUGAUGUAGUGACACACACAGCCAAGGUGAACAUAUUUCUUUGAUUUGCAUCAUCUUUAGACUUCAGAGCGGACACAGGACAGUAAAGAAAGCCUUCGUGUGUGUGUAAGACAUAGUGCAGACGUGAGAGUUUUAUUUAUUUAUGAAGGAAACUGUCAAAAGGCAUAAAUACAAACUUAUAAAUUCUUAUGAAAAAGAACAGGCUUGGCCGUUACUAACAGUUAACCGACUGAUGACACAAAAACAGUUUUCUAGCUGCUAUAUUUUAAUUUAACAUUUCAUUCUCAGUCUUUUUUAUUUAAUUGACGGGUCGGUUUUGAUUGGCGGGCCUGUGUCAUUAACCCUUUCCCCUCUCAUCUGCUGUCACGGCAACCGUUUGCAAACAUGCAUCCAUUUGGAGUUUUACUAUGUAAAAUAAAAAUGUGUGCGGGGAAUGAAGCACAUGUGUUUGCUGCUUUAUUCACAUUAUGAAGACAUCAGACACUAAUAAACAAUAUAAUAUAUAAUCAUA